AUGACGACAAAGUUUCAAGUUCGAUCUCUGCAUCACCUGCGGCAAACAUAUCAUGCCUCUCUCCAGAAUUUCAUCUCAUCUUCAGAUGUUUUCCACAUUCUGGAUACAGUGCCUGUAAGCAAACCCCAAGCGGGACGGCCAGCCAAGCUAUAUGUGUUAGACUCAUCUUUCAACCCCCCAACGCGUGCUCAUCUCAACAUUGCCAAAUCUGCCCUCCUCCAGCAUGACAAUACAUCAUCUGUCAGACUCCUGCUUCUUCUCGCUACGCAGAAUGCCGACAAGGCUUCCAAGCCGGCUUCAUUUGAGGAUCGCCUCGUCAUGAUGCGGAUAUUUGCUGAAGACAUUCAGUCCGCUCUCGAACAAGUCAGCGUCCACAAUGAUAAUGUACAGGGAGAUCAACAGAGAGCCCUAACUGUGGACAUCGGAAUAACAAAGUUGCCAUAUUUCAUAGACAAAGCAGCAGCCAUAUCCACGUCGAACUUCUAUCCCGGUUCACCUGAACAGAUCCUACUUACGGGAUACGAUACACUAGUACGAAUAUUUGAUUGCAAAUAUUAUCCCCCCGAACAUACUCUCCAACCUCUAAGUCAGUUCUUUGCUCAGCAUCGACUGAGGGUGACGUUCAGGCCUGAUUCUGAGUGGGGCGGUCGAAAGGAUCAGGAAUUAUUCUUGCAGAAUCUGGCUCAAGGGGCAAGGGAAUCUGAUGGAGGCAAGCGAGAAUGGGCUCAGCGUAUCGAGCUAGUCGAAGGAGCGAAAACUGGAGAAGAAGCUGUGAGCUCUACGAAAGCAAGAAAUGCUGCUGUUAAUAAUGACGUCAACGCACUGGAGAAGUUUGUCACACCCGAUAUCUGCGACUGGGUAGUAUCCCAGAGAUUGUAUGGUAGCUCAUGA